GGGAGGCGAAGAAGAAGCUUGAUGACGUAGUUCUCCCUGCGACAGAAACACAGGGCGCUUGUAUCAUGUAGCAGUAUUUACGAGCCACUUUGCCGGGGUUUGCAGCUGACUACGAGAUUAUGCGAUAAUGCGUGACACACGGACGACUCGAUGACGACGUGACGGCCAGCCUCACAGCCGUGUCUCGGUGCUGUUGAGGAGCAGCGCUUGUCCCGGCUCUCGGGGCGGCUGUCGGUGUCCGGGAUGGAGACGUGGACCCCGAAUCCCCAAGCCAAGCCGUUCAUCCCCCGGCAACAGAGGAGCUUGUAUCUCACCUUGAAGUACAAACUCACUAACAAGAGGUUGAUUCGGCGUCUCUGUCAGGGCGGGGCCGUACUCUUUCUGCUGAUAACAGUCAUAGUCAACAUUAAACUCAUCUUGGACACAAGAAGAGCCGCAAGUGAAGAUGCGGCAUCUCAAGAAUAUGAGGAUGCGGUUCCAAACAUGGAGACGCCGCGCAGGCCGGCCAACAGACGCAAGGUCCUGGACAUCGAGGUGUACUCCAGUCGAUCCAAGGUCUACGUGGCGGUGGACGGCACCACUGUGCUGGAGGACGACAUGCGAGAACAAGGCAGAGGCGUCCAUGUGAUAGUUCUCAACCAGGCAACUGGUCAUGUGAUGGCCAAGAGAAUAUUUGACACCUACUCCCCCCACGAGGAUGAAGCCAUGAUCCUCUUCAUCAACAUGGUGACACAGGGUCGAGUGCUCAUCUUCACCAUAAAGGACGAGGGCACGUUCCACCUGAAGGACGCUGCUAAGAACCUGCUGAAGAGUCUGGGCAGCCAGGCGUCCCCCAACCUCGGCUGGAGAGACAUGUGGACUCUGGUAGUGAAGAAAGGAGGUCAAGUUUAUGGAGAGAAGCACUCAAAGGCUCCAGCUCUGUCCACCUGGGGGGACCCUGUGCUGCUGAAAACCGAGGUGCAGCUGACUGCCUCUGAAGAGGCUGAGUGUCACUGGACGGACACGGAGCUCAACAGGAGGAGGAAACUGUUCUGCAGCAAGGUGGAGGGAUACGGUAGCAUCUGCAGCUGCAAGGACCCGGCGCCCAUCGAGUUCAACCCCGAACCCCUGCUUAACAAUAACGUCUUCAAUGUGCCAGUGGCUGUCAUCGCAGGGAACAGACCCAACUAUCUGUACCGGAUGCUGAGGUCACUUCUUUCAGCUCACGGCGUCAACCCACAGAUGAUCACUGUCUUCAUUGAUGGAUAUUAUGAGGAGCCGAUGGAUGUUGUAGAGCUGUUCGGACUGAAGGGAGUCCAGCACACGCCCAUCAGCAUCAAGAACGCCAGAGUGUCGCAGCACUACAAGGCGAGUCUGACCGCGUCCUUCAACCUUCACCCGGAUUCCAAUUACGCCAUCAUUCUAGAGGAGGACCUGGAUGUCUCCAUAGACUUCUUCAGCUUCCUGAGUCAGACCGUCCACCUGCUGGAUGAGGACGACAGUCUAUACUGCAUCUCAGCCUGGAACGACCAGGGCUACGAGCACUCGGCGGACGACCCGGCCCUCCUCUACAGGGUGGAGACCAUGCCUGGUCUGGGCUGGGUGCUGAAGAGGAGCCUCUACAAGGACGAACUGGAACCAAAGUGGCCGCCACCUGAGAUGCUGUGGGACUGGGACAUGUGGAUGAGAAUGCCGGAGCAGAGGAAAGGCAGAGAGUGCAUCAUCCCGGACGUGUCCCGCACCUACCACUUCGGCAUCAUCGGCCUCAACAUGAACGGCUACUUCCACGAGGUUUAUUUCAAGAAGCGCAAGUUCAACACUGUCCCCAAUGUGCAGCUGAGAAACGUUGACAGAUUAAAGAAAGAUGCUUACGAGUUGGAGAUCCAGAGCCUGCUGAUGGGAGCGGAGGUGUUGGACCACACAAAGAACCCGUGUGAGGACACGUUCAUGCCAGACUCUGAGGGAAAGGUCUACGCCAUGUACAUUAAGAUGGAGACUGAGAGGGACACGUCCACCUGGACAGAAUUCGCCAAGUGCGUUCAUAUUUGGGACCUGGACGUACGAGGAUACCACCGAGGCCUGUGGCGGCUCUUCAGAAAAAGGAAUCAUCUCCUGGUCGUGGGCGUCCCGUACUCCCCGUACUCUGUGAAGAAACCAGCCAAUGUCACUCCCAUUCACUUAGAGCCUCCACCCAAAGAAGAGGCCGCCCCGGUGGAGCAGAUCUAGGCCUCAAGUUAUUACACAAACACACCGACAGUCCCACAAACCCAGGCCUUAACGCGUCUCCUCCUCCUUCAACCACUGAUCAUCCAAACCUGGAGCCCACAACUACAAAUCUGAUAGAUGCUGAACUUGUGUACAAGACGACAACUGGGAAAGAGGGAUUAACACACUACAAACCUCACUGCUAAACCCGUCCGACAGCUCGAGGAGGAACGGUGUCACUAAAUCAGAUUUUGUUGAACUGUGACCGUGCAACCAAAACGCUGUGACUGUCAGCGCUAUAUUUCUAAAUCAACGAAAAGGUUGGUUUUCGGUUUUAAUUCUUAUUCAAGCUGCGAGUUUCUGACAAACGACUGACACCAACACCGACGCCAGUGUUUAGCUUCUUUUUCUUUUUUUGUUUUUAAACUACUGAGUGCUUUGUCCAUCUUGUACAUAUGUUUUAAUUUAUCUCUAUUUAUUUUACAUCUAUCACUCAAAAGCUUCGGGGAUUUCUUUGGCUUUUAUAUAUAUAAGUAAAAGAGGAAAAUCCACUUUUAUCAAGAUCAAGGCAUUUUUUUAAAGAGCCUAACGUUUACAGAUAAUGAAAUAAUAGUGUAUAUACAUGCCUAUAUAUAUUUUUUGAUGAAAAAACUCAAAGAUCGGCAUAUUUUUCAGCAUUAAAUAUGGAGUUAAUGUAAGAGUGAGAAAGCCCUGUGGGUUUUUACUGUUAUUGACCAUUUGGGUCAGUUUAGGUUUAAUGUUGUGGAAUCUGAGCGAGAGAGAGAAACCUGAGAAGUUAAAAACACUACACAUUUAGAAGCUGUAAUACGUCUGUGGAAUCACUAGACCCGAGUGUCGUACUGUAGUUAAAUGUUUCCAUAACAGAAUUGGCCGAAUAGUAUUAAACAUAAUAAUAAUAAGAAGAAGAUUCUGUAGUUUUGGAUUUUACUUCAUGCGCAUCAAAAAGCUUCGACCCUCUUAGAUCGAAAGCACAGAAUCUGAAACAAACCAAAACUGAAAAUUAGACCCCUACAAUAAAACUCGAUUUCUUAUUUUAUUCAUUAUUACGGGAUUAAGAUGACGCCAUAAUUUGACACUCAUUAAAAAUCGUUUUAAAAGCUUGAAAUCUUACUUUAAAAAAAUAAUUUAAAAAAUAAAAAAGUUGCAAGACUGAAACAUUCUUUUUUUUACUGUAUUGAACAUGAUUUGACUUUUUUCAACUGAAAUACAAAAUUGCAAUAAUUUCUUCUCCAGAUUUGAAAGUUUACAAAUGAAUGAACAUCACUUUGACAGAAAUGUGUGUUUUACUCAUUCUCCUAUUUUAGCGUCCUACAUUUCUAAAGUGCUGGAAACCACAGGAUCAUCAGCCAAAACAUAGCUUCACACAUUGAUCAGAAUAAUCUUUUUUUUUUUUUUUUUAUCACAUGUAGCAUUUAAAACUGUUUAUUUGUUCCCCUGAUGAUGCUUGCAGGGUUGCUGUGAUAUCACUUUAAUCAUAUUUAAUUCUUAUACACUGAUCAUCGACCACUGUCAUGGUCAUAAUGUUGUGGCCUGAUCGGUGUACAUUUAUUAGAAUGUUUCUAUUUAAGUUACCAAGCAUCUCGUAUCUGUUCAAACACUAAUGAUGGCUCCAUCAUGCAGUCGGAGGUAAAUAAGUAUUUGUUUUCUUCAGGUAUCGGUAGCUAAUGUGCUGAUUGAAGUGACACGUGCUGAAUUCACAAUCAGUCAGAAUCUUUUCCUGCGAAUUUCACCGUUGAUUUUUGAACAUUUCGAGGGAAGUAUGAGGAGGAGGAGGAGGUUGUUGUGUGAAUCACGCGUGGAUGUGAGCGUGCAGCUCCGUGCUUGAUACCUGCCGUCUAACUGAAACCACGUCCUCGGCCUCGACUGGUCACUGAGGAAAUGAAGAAGCAGACUCCGCCCACUUUUCCAUUCAGCGUUUUGGUUUUUGGUCCGUUUCAUUUCAUUCAUUUUUCUCUGAAACUGAACCGGAAUCAUGUUUUUUUUUUUUCCUCAUAACACUGGAAGGUACCUUGAUUGAGUGACGAUGUGUUUCUGAUGCCGUUUGACAAAUGUACGAUUUUCUUUUACCUUUUAUCAUGGAAAUGAAUAAAGAUGUUUUUACUGAUGUGAA